CGCUCGUUGAACCUGAAAGAUUCUAUUUAUAUUCACAAUUGUAAAAUUCACAUGCGCCAGGAAAGGUGUCUUGCUUGAAUCAAUUCAGUAGCGUUCCAGGCCAUCUCCCAAGUCGCUAUCGUACACACACUGAUAUAUCGUAAAAGCACAAGCUGUUAUUUAGACUGCUUCUUAGAAAGUGCAUGAGAGAUUGUGGAAGCACAAGCACAAAUAAAGCAGAUGGUGCAAUACUCUCUGACUAGGAAAUGAAGAUCAAAACUAUCAACAGAUCUGCCUCUGAGUGUACUCGAGAACGCAGUCAAGACGUUCAAAAAGUCCAUAAGAACCUUGAUCCAGCCCUGCACCCCUUCGAAAAGGCUGUGGAGUACACUCGGGCUCUGAAUGCUGCAAAGUUAGACAGGGUCUUUGCAAAGCCAUUCAUAUCAGCCUUUCCUCAUGAUGAUGGUGUCACAUGCCUUGCACGAAAUCCCAAGGUCUUGAAUGGCCUGGCAGCAGGAUGCGCAGAUGGCAUUAUUAAGCUGUGGGACGUGCCGGGCAAGCGCAGCUUGAGGAAGCUCGUGGGGCACACAGGGGCUGUGAAGGGGAUCUCCAUUGCACCAAGCGGGGAUGUGGCGGUCUCUUGCUCCACAGACUGCAGCGUGCGGCUGUUCAGGCUGCCUUUUGCCCCAUUCAUGUCAGCAGGCCCAGUCGAGGAUGAGGCAUCUGCCACUCUGGAAUUCCUGGGCAAGCAUGCAUUCAGGGGGAUCGACCACCAUUGGACCAGGAACACCUUUGCCACUGCUGGCCAGCAGGUGGAUGUGUGGGACCAUGAGCGCUCAGAGCCAGUCAGCACCUUCUCCUGGGGGUCUGACUCAGUCACAAGCGUGAGGUUCAAUCCAGCAGAGCCUGACCUGCUUGCAUCGGCCGGCAGUGACCGAUCCAUCGCCCUGUAUGACCUGCGCUCUUCCACACCCAUCCGCAAGAUUAUCAUGCAGACUCGUAGCAAUUCGAUUGCAUGGAAUCCCAUGGAGGCCUUCAACUUCACCUGCGCGAACGAGGACUGCAACCUGUACACUUAUGACAUGCGCAAGCUCAAGAGCGCUGCAUGCAUUCACAAGGACUUUGUGUCUGCGGUGAUGGAUGUGGAUUACUCUCCCACUGGGCGCGAAUUUGUGGCUGGCAGCUACGACCGCUCUGUGCGCCUCUUUGCAUACAAUGGGGGCCACAGCAAGGAGGUCUACCACACCAAGCGGAUGCAGCGUGUCUUUGCUGUGCGCUUCAGUGGCGAUGGCAGCUAUGUCUUCUCCGGCAGUGAUGACAUGAACGUGCGCGUCUGGAAGGCCAGGGCGAGUCAGCAGCAGGGAACGAUGGUGUCGAGGGAGCUGCACAAGCAGGCAUAUGGGGACGCCCUGGUGCAGCGGUACCAGCACAUGCCAGAGAUCCGGCGCAUCACUCGCCACCGCCACCUUCCUGUGCCCCUGUACAAGGCUGCCAAGCUGCGGCGCACAAUGACAGAGGCAGAGGACAAGAAGCAGAAGAGGCGGGUGGCUCACAGCAAGCCGGGCUCCGUCAUUGUCAAGCCGGCGCGCAAGAAGAGGAUUGUUGCAGAGCUUGAGUGA